AUGAAGUACUUUCUUCUGCCAACUAAUUUAGCAUUUCUCUAUAGCUUUGCACUAAGUAAACCUGUCCAGAUAGCUACAGGAAACAAUGACUUAGCAUCAGUAGAAAACAUUUGACAGAAUUCAGGUAGUGAAAUAGCUGUGUAUGAAGGAGACAUCCUCUUGAGAAGAGGACGACGCAGUGCAAUUAACUGUGAGAGUUGUUUAUGGCCCAAGUCACAAGAUGGAUUAGUCAAGGUUCCAAUUAACAUCUCUUCUGAUUUCUCUGUGACAGAGAGGUCUUGGAUUGCUGAUGCUCUGCAAGAGAUCUCCACGCUGACCUGUGUACAAUUUGUAAAUCACACUACAGAAAUAGACUACGUGCAUGUUGAACGUGGGCAGAGCUGCUGGUCUUACUUUGGAAAAAUUGGAGGACGUCAAGCAGUAGGCCUCGUGAAAAAUGGCUGCAUGGAUAAAGGAGCAAUUCAGCAUGAAAUGAACCAUGCACUGGGCUUCAUCCAUGAGCAGGCACGGAGUGAUCGGGACAGAUUUGUCAAGAUUAUGUGGGAACACAUUGUGGCAGGGGAACAAGGGAACUUUGGAAAAGUGAAUUCCAAAAAUCUAGGCCUUCCCUAUGACUACUCUUCCGUGAUGCACUAUGGCGCGUAUGAUUUCUCCAGCACUCCAGGGAAACCAACUAUUGUACCAGUUCCUGACCCCUCUAUACCCAUUGGGCAGAGAGAAGGGCUGAGUAACUUGGAUGUAGCUAAAAUCAACAAGCUCUACAAGUGCAAUUGCUGUAGUUCUGUGUUGCCUAAAUCCAAAGGCUCAUUCUCCUCUGUCAAUUACCCAUCCUCAUACCCGAACAAUAGCAACUGCCUGUGGUUGAUCCGCAUCCGUCGAAGUAAGAUUUUCCUGCAGUUUGAGGCUUUUGAUCUCCAACCCUCCUCAGACUGUUCCUCUGACUACAUAAAAGUUUACAACGGAAACAGCAAGAAUUCCCCUGUCUUGCUGGACAAAUACUGCGGGAAGGGACCACUGCCAUCCUUAGUGGCAUCUGGAUCGACAAUGCUGGUAGAGUUUGCAAGUGAUGAGAGCAUUACAGCCACAGGAUUCAGAGCCUCCUACAACAGGGUGAAUUGUGGAGGCACUUUCACAGACUCAAAUGGAGUCAUUACCUCUCCAAACUACCCCAAUAAAUACCCCAAAAACCGAGCAUGCUUCUGGGUCAUCCAUUCUCCGUUAGGAUACAAGAUAUCUCUCAAAAUGUUGUCCUUUGAGCUGGAAGACAGUGACAGAUGCAUCUAUGACUACUUGCUCAUACAUGAUGGAAGCCGACCCACAUCGUCUGCAGCUGGCCCUUAUUGUGGGACAGAGAAGGUUGCAGACUUUACUUCCACUGGAAAUUUUGUGCUGGUUGAAUUUCACAGUGAUAUCGUUUGGGAGUUGCCUGGAUUUUUGAUGAGUUACACAUUUGGUAGGUAGUACUAUACAGGUGGGAGCUGGAAAGCACAGAAUGAACACAGAAACACCCGUAGUCAAUUUCAGAAAAAAAAAAUCUAGCUCCUUUUUACUUUUA